AUGACGUCCACAAACCAGCCUAGACGCGCUAAUAAAGUCGCACCAAAAGAGCCACCACCGAAAGAAGAUAGAGACCCGCACCAUAUUAAUGACCAUAUCAAAAUUGACUUCUACGGCGUACUUGGUGAGCCUAGCACUGCGCCACAAACUGUUGACUUUGUAUGGGAAUGUUCGGAAAUAUUUUUCGACUGUUUUCGGGAGAUAGUAUACAAAUUCUCAUCUCUUUGUUGCGGUGUUUGUAUAGCAAUUUACUGGGGCCUCCAAUUUGUGCCCUCACUGUUUGCCGCUAUAUGGUUUAUCACUCCAUUUACUCAGUGCUUUAAGAUUGCUUGUGGGGGCUGGUGUAAGCGGUGUUGCUAUUUGUGGGCCAGGGCGUGUAUACGACCAUGUACGAGCGCCUGUGGGUUAAUAUUCAUUCACUGCGGCGACGGAAGUUAUAGAAAUAGACCGGAAACACCGCUUUAUGAGCCAAGAAAGCCAAGACCAAAACCUCAAUCGAAACCAGUCGAGCCACCCAAAUCACCGGAAAUAAAGAAAGUUGCAGCUGUUGCAUUUACGAGUGAAUUUAAUGAUUACGACAAAGAGAAAAUAGCUCGUUCCAUAAAACGGCAGUUGUUCCUUUAA